CUCAUUUGUUAUUGGCUAAUGCCUUCUCUCUCUUCCUCUUCCUUUUUGUCGAUGUUUUUUCUUUGUUUGAGAAAGAGAUCUUCGUCGAUUUUGAUCGAUGGUUUUGAGAAAUUAUUUCUUCACUUCACCAUGGCUGCUUCAGCUUCGUCUCUCCACCUUCAACCCCAAAUCCCUUCCUUUCUCCAUCUCCAGACCCGCCUCAGCUUCCCUCUUACCUCCUUCCAUCUCCUUCAAACUCCACUCUGAAUCCCCUUCCCUCUCCAUCUCCGCUUCCUCCUUCUCUUCUGACCUCAAGCUCUUCGUCGGUAACCUCCCCUUCAACGUGGACAGCGCUCAGCUCUUCGAGAGCGCCGGAAACGUCGAGAUGGUUGAGGUUGGACAAAUAUGCCAUCUCCAAAUACGCAGAGAGCUUCAAGUCUGUACCCAAAACCCUUGCCGACAACGCCGGCCUCAAUGCGAUGGAAAUCAUUGCUUCUCUGUACACUGGACACGGAUCAGGAAACACAAAGCUAGUCAAUGGCAUUGACUUGGAGGAAGGUGCUUGUAAAGAUGUCUCAGAGACAAAAGUCUGGGAUCUUUUUUGCAACGCUAGUCCUGUUUCUUUUUUUCUUUAUAACCUUUGCAAUAUGACUUGAUGUUAUGAAAGCAUGUGACAACAAACCAUUUCUUUUUUUCUCUCCCUGGUGUAAAGUUUGUGUUUCUUUUAUCAUUUCACCAAAAAUUCUCUUA